CGCAGCGCGAUUUCGUCAAUAGGGCCGACGCCAUUGCUUGCUGCACUGUAAUUCUUUUGAAGAAAAGAGAACAUCGGAUUUAUUUACCUGUAUUGAUGUAAUGGGACCUGAAGACGGGAAACUUGAAAGUAGAAAACAUACGAUUUAAGACACUCAUUUUGGAGUUUUAUUUUUGAAAGAGACUUUCCGUUCUCUUUCACUUGGCUCAGGCUAUUUGUUGACACUUUUGCGGCCUGCACCCAAGAAAGAUGUACCCGUCUUGGGGAAAGCAUGGCGGUGGCUCUUACCAUAACACGGGUCAGUAUUCGAAUUACCAUAACAAACCACCGCCUCCUAGAGGCUCCAGCUUGUACAGCGGAAACUACGGUGGUUAUGGUUCAUCGGGAAGCUACUCUGCCUCUUCGGGCCCAGGGUCAUCCAACUUCCAAAGCCUUAGAGAACAACACCUCCAACAAAUGCAGCAACUUCAACAACUUCACCAGAAGCAAUUGCAGUCGGUGCUGCACUCCAGCAGUACACCUUACAGUGGAGGCUCCUCGCACAGCAGCAGCGGGACCUGGCAUGGAAGCUCUUCGAGUUCGGGUUCGACUGGUUAUUCGUCGGGGCCCAACUAUCAGCAACAGCAUCAACACCACGGACCGCCGCCAUCGUUUCCUCCCCCAUCUCACGGACCACCGCCACCGUUUCACGUUCCUCCUCCAAACCAGCAACAGCACGGGCCGGGAGAGCAGCAGGCUCCCGUCCCGAUACCUGGCCCUCCAUCGGGGGAAAAACAGGACCAUAAGCCUCCUGUUACUCCAACAGAAGACGACCAGGUCCAGCAGUCGAAACUUACCGUUCCCCAACCAGCCCUUCAUCAGAGUAAUCAGUCGCCAGCACCUAAUGUGCCUCCUGUACACUUACUUCAUUCUGAGCAGCAGCAGUAUCCUCCGCCACCUACCGCACAGUCGGAAUCCACAGACCGUGUUAUUCCGUCACAUACCCCUCCAGAGACCAAUAGUCCUGCGGGUUCAACUGCCCCCGUACUUGAUAUCAGUGAGCCAAGACAGGAGCAGUCUCCGGAUUUGUCGUCGAUGUCAUUACAGGAACAGCAGCAGUAUUGGUAUAAGCAACAUUUACAGAGUCUUCAAAAGUUAAAACAGCAGCAGAAAAAUGAAAAAGAAAAUAAACAAGAACUCACUGGCCAAUGCCCUGUUCCUCCUCCACCAAAGGAACCUCCUGCUGAUGCAGCACCACCACCACCACCUCCCAGGGAAGAACUGCCCCCUCCACCUCCUCCAGAAGAAGUUAAGACUGAUAUCGUCACAUCUACAGAGGACCCAGAAGAAGCAGCACGCUUGAAACAGUUGCAGGCAGCUGCAGCUCAGUGGCAGCACACUCAACAUCAAAGAGCAGGUUAUCAGUACCAAGCCAUGAUGCAGCAGCACACACAUCUGCAGCAGCUCUUGCAACAAUACCAGCAAUUUAUGCAGCAACCAGCCCAUCUGCAGACAAUGCCUCUGGAGAUGCAGCUUAGACAUUUUGAAAUGCAGCAGCACCAGUUUAUUCCACUUUUUCAAGAAUGGGAGAGGCAUUUUAAAAUCUGGCAAGAACAAUUUCAGGCAUAUCCCCACAAAGACCAGCUGAAGGAAUAUGAAUCACAGUGGAAGCAGUGGCAGGAUCAAAUGCAAUCAACUUAUGCUCACCUGCAUGAAAGGGUUAUGACUCUUCGCAAUAUGCAACAUCAGUAUGCGUCAGCUCCACCUUAUGGCAUGGUUGGCAUUCCACCUUAUGGUCAAUAUCAUCAACCACCACCUAGUGUACAUGGUAGUAUUCUGCCUCCUCCCCCGGUGACCUCCGUGCCUCCUCCCCCGGUGACCUCCGUGCCUCCUCCCCCGGUGACCUCCGUGCCUCCUCCCCCAGUGACCUCCGUGCCUCCUCCCCCAGUGACCUCCGUGCCCCCGUCUUCAGUGCCCUCGGUUCCCUCCGUGCCCCCACCUUUGGGUUCCCGGGUUCCCUCCGUGCCCCCGCCUCCAGUGACCUCCGUGCCCCCGCCCAUGUCUGUGCCCCCUCCUCCAGUGACCUCUGUGCCCCCUCCUCCAGUGACCUCUGUGCCCCCUCCUCCAGUGACCUCUGUGCCCCCUCCUCCGGUGACCUCCGUGCCCCCGCCCAUGUCUGUGCCCCCGCCUCCGGUGACCUCAGUGCCCCCGCCCAUGUCUGUGCCCCCGCCUCCGGUGACCUCCGUGCCCCCACCCAUGUCUGUGCCCCCGCCUCCGGUGACCUCCGUGCCCCCGCCCAUGUCUGUUCCCCCACCUCCGAUGACCUCCGUGCCCCCACCCAUGUCUGUGCCCCCGCCCCCAGUUCCACUUCCUAACUGUCCACCUCCGUCUCAGCCUGCACAAACAUCUCCUCAAGUUUCAUCAUCUUUAAGUAAAGUUUUCUCAGAGACCCCAAAUUCUGCAGUAAUUCAGCCUCCAUCAUCAUUGGCUUCUGGACAGCCUGGGUUUCUCACUACAUCUUUACCAUCUGCUUUUACUUCAUCAAGUCCAAGUGUAAAGCCGUUUGAUCUGUUAUCACCACCUAGUCAGGGAUCUCCAGCAGAAAGUCAGAGAAAUUCCAGGCUUAACACUACUUCAGAAAUGACUGCUCCUGGAUUUCAAACCCCAGUACCUAAGCCAGAUUUACCCUCAGGUCAUUGCUCACAGUCUAAAUAUGAUCAGCAAUCUGAUGAAAAGCAAGGAAGAUUUAAUCAGUUAUCCAGAUUUGAGCAUCAGCAUAGAUUUGGUCCACCUCCUACUGUUGAACCAUUACCAGUGUCUGUAUUACAACAGCCACCAAAAUUUGACUCGCCUGUAAAAACUGAACAGCCUCCAAAAGAAUCUGAUGCUCCAACUCGGCACCCACCAAGGAUUAAUGUCCCUUCAAAAACAGAAUCGCCAGUACAACCAGAUACAUCUAAAAGUGUCUCCCAACCAUCAUCAAAAUUGAAUGAAUUUGCAAAAAUGGAGACACUUAAAGCUCAAGCCCAGCAGACAAAAGAAUUUAAUGCACUAUCAAAGGGUGAUCAAAAUAACAAAUUUGAGGAAUCUACAGCACAUGUGCCUCGUCAGUCAGACAAACUUAAUUCAACUCAGCCAAUUCCAAAAGAUGCUAUGUCACAAGACCAAAAUUUAAAAACCUGUAAACCAUCAUCUAGUGUUCCAAUUAUAUCAUCAUCUGGUAAUUUAACCACAGACUAUGAUUUUGAUGCAGAUGGUGACUUUUUUCUUCCAAAUGAUCCUAUUCCUCAGACCUCGGUAUCAGUAGGAGAGCAAAAGCAAUCAGACUCAAAAGAGAAUUCAUUAAAAGUAAAUCUUGAAGAGGUUGCCAAACCAGCUUCCACAUUACCAAUUAAUGAUGAUAAGAAUGUUUUUGCCAGCAAUAGAAAUGUUACAAAACCACAAGAAGUACAAAAGGAUGAAGCUAAACCAUUUGAAAAAGACACGAAGAAAAACUCUGAUACUGUUGCAAAACCAGACACUCCUAAAGGCACUCCUAAGUUAUGUAAUUUGGAAACCCAGAAAGCCAUUUCAACUCCAAAGACAGAAGGUUUUAGUCAGGGGCCUGUGCCUAUAAGAGGUCCACCAGGAAAGACACUUCAUUCUAAUAUUGCUUCUAAGCCUAUUUCAGCUAAACAAGAUUCAUUUACUUUGGAUUAUCGAGGAAUGCAUGGUGAAGAUAAAAAAGAAAAUAGUCAAAAUCAAGGUAUCAACUCAUGGAAGAAUUCUCAAAUGGAAAAACAAAAUCUAACUGAGCGAAAGCCACUGCUUUUUCAUGAAGAAACGUGGCAUGGAGAGGAGGAACAGGGACAUUUUAGAGAGCCCUAUUUUCAAAAUCGAGGCAGAGGAAGACCUGCAAUGGACAGAGAACAAGUCGAGGACAUGAGCAGGCAAAGAGGAUGGGAAGAGCCUGGGAGCGAUUAUUGGCCAGAUAGAGAGCCCUUUCAGAGAGAAAACCGACCUCCAUUUAGACGGCCUCCACUUUUGGCCCAUGAGCCAAUGGAGAGAGAUCCAAGGCAUAAUUUUCCUUUACCUCAUGAUCCAUUGGAUCGAGAUCGCAGGCAUCCUCCUCCUUUACCUUAUGAAUACAUGGAAAGAGAGCCCAGACACCCUCCCCUCCUACCUCACGAUACUGUGGAAAGAGAUACUAGACGACCCCCUGUGUUUCCACAGCAAGUGAUGGAUAGAGAGCCCAGGCAUCCUCCUCCUUUGCCACAUGAGUUAAUAGAAAGAGACCCCAGAGGUCAUGCUCCACAUGAAGUCAUAGGCCGAGAAAUGAGACGACCACCAAUUCCUUUCGAUAUGGAACGAGAUAGAAGACGUGGGGAAUAUUUUCCAGAGUAUGAGCAUGAAUUUGAUGUGGAACAAAAUAGAUUUGUUGCACCUUACACUGAUUAUAAUGAGAAUUAUAAUCAAGAUCAGGGUUACUACAUGCAGAGAGAAGAUUGGGAAGUAGAGGAUCGCAGAAGAAAUUGUCCACAGUACCCACCUCAGUUACCACCUGACCGUUUCUGUGAAGAUCGCUGGAUAGAGAAGAGAGAUCAUUCCUAUUUAUAUGAAAGAGAUUUUCAGGACAGAGGUAGUUAUGGAGAUGAGGAAUAUGCAGAACAGGCACUCUUCCGACAGGAAGAAAGAGAUUACAUGCCAGACAGACCAGAGUGGAGCAGAGAACCAUUACACGAAAGGCGAUACAUGCCUGAUCUCGGUAACCGGAGACCACAAUUUGAAGAUCGAUUGGAGGUUCCUUCAGCGUUGCCACCUUCUACUAUUCCUCCUCCGCACCAUGAUGCCCCAGAGGUUAUGGUAGAUGAUUCAUCAGGAGCAGCAAAAGGAGUUCUAGCACUUUCACAAAGACAACAUGAAAUCAUUCUUAAAGCUGCUCAGGAACUUAAAAUGUUAAGAGAACGUCAGGAGCAAUUUCAAGUUCAUAAUGAGUAUGGACCUAGUGAUACUAAUGCCCAAUUCUCACAUGCAGAGCCCGUUGCAGCUGGAAUGUUAGGAUUUGAUAUGCCUCCAGAUAAUUUACAGUCAAAAGUCUUUUCCACAAAUGAUGCAAUUCUUCCUAAUGCUGCCCAGUCCUUUUCUGAGGAACAACACUGGGGAGGUGGACAAUUGCAUAAUCAGUGGGAUGUGGGCAACAGUUCACCAGGCCCAGAUCAUAACUUUGGUCUUUCUGGUUCUGAGCCUGUUCCACCUCAUAGCAAGCCCCCAGUUAUUCCUAAAACUGUAGAUUAUGGACAUGGUCGAGAUGGUGCCACGGCUAAAGUUGAACAUAUCUCCUAUGGUGAAAGAAUUACUUUAAGACCUGAUCCAGUACCUCCGGAACGAUCUUUUGAGAAAGAGCCACUGAUACCAAGAGAUCAUUAUGAAAGAGAUUCAUUUUAUGAGCGACGUGCAGAUCCGUACUUACAACACAGAGAGUACAGCAGGGAUAGGGAACGAGAACGAGAUAGUUACAGAGAGAAGCAGCCUGUAGAAUAUGAGAGAGAACGCUAUGAAAGGGACCGUCACCUUCGUGAAGAAAGGUUGCCUCCAGGUUCUACUUCUAGAUCUGGAAUGUACAGAGAUAGGGAUGGCAGGGAUAGCAGAGACCGAGAACGAGAAGGCAGAGAAAUCAGGGAGAACAAGGAUCACUAUGGCAGGCCUGGUUUUGAGAGACCACAUUUUGAACGUGGACCUGAUCGUCCUCCUUAUGAGCAUAGCCUUCCUGGUUAUGCAGGUGAAAAACGUGUUUACCCAGAGGAGAGACCACCUGUACCUGUUCCCCCUGUACCCCACCCACCUCCACCUCAGCCACGGGUAGAGAAAAAGCCAGAAAUGAAGAAUGUUGAUGAUAUCCUCAAACCUCCUGGCAGAGAGAGUCGCCCUGAGAGAAUUGUUAUCAUAAUGAGAGGAUUGCCAGGAAGUGGAAAAACACAUGUUGCCAAAUUAAUUCGGGAUAAGGAAGUUGAAUUUGGAGGAGCACCACCUAGAGUUCUUGGGUUGGAUGACUAUUUUAUGACUGAAGUUGAAAAAGUGGAAAAGGACCCUGACACAGGGAAAAGAGUCAAAAAGAAGGUUCUAGAAUAUGAAUAUGAGCCAGAAAUGGAAGAUACCUAUCGAAGCAGUAUGCUGAAAACGUUUCGCAAAACUUUAGAUGAUGGGUUUUUUCCCUUUAUUAUUAUUGAUGCCAUCAAUGACAGAGUGAAAUAUUUUGACCAGUUUUGGAGUGCUGCAAAAACAAAGGGCUUUGAGGUGUAUUUGGCAGAAAUCACUGCUGACAACCAGACUUGUGCCAAACGAAAUAUCCAUGGGCGCAAAUUCAAGGACAUUGCAAAGAUGGCUGACCAUUGGGAGACUGCUCCCCGUCACAUGGUGCGAUUGGAUAUUCGAUCCUUACUGCAAGAUGCUGCUAUUGAGGAGGUUGAGAUGGAAGAUUUUAAUCCAGCUGAAGAAGAACAACAAAAAGAUGACCCGAAAACUGAUGGUGCUGAAGAGGAGGAAAGCGAUCUGGGGUAUAUUCCAAAAAGCAAAUGGGAGAUGGACACAUCAGAAGCAAAGCUUGACAAACUUGAUGGUUUGAGAAGCAGCAGCAAACGAAAACGUGAAUGGGACCCAAUGGCAGGCAUGGAAGAUUAUCUUCAGCUUCCAGAUGAUUAUGAUACCCGAAUGUCGGAGCCAGGAAAAAAAAGGGUAAGAUGGGCAGAUCUGGAGGAGAAAAAAGAUGCGGAAAGAAAACGGGCUAUUGGAUUUGUAGUUGGGCAGACUGACUGGGAAAAAAUUACAGAUGAAAGUGGUCAGCUUGCUCAAAGAGCUCUCAAUCGCACCAAAUAUUUUUAAUUUUGUUCCUCGGUCAUUUGUUAGAAUAUCAGAUAUUCAUUCUGAAAAAUAACAGAACCUUGCAGCUGUAAGAAGUGGUCCUGAAACCUGUAAUUAUAGUUUAUACUGUGUGCAUAUGGCUAACGGAAACUUUUCAAGAAAGUUGCUGAAAAUGGAGUCUCAGUAAUUGUAUCAGUCCUGCUUUUACAACGCAAAUGUUUUUUUCUCCAAAUUGGUUUUUGUGUACCAAAUUUAAGUUCCCAGCUUCUGUGUUAUUUUUCCAACAGUUCUGCAUUAUUAUGAAUUUGUUCUAAAUUUCUUUUAUUAAAGAACUACAACAAAAUCUGAUUAAUAGCAUGUUCAAUUUUAAGUUAUUGAAUACUCAUUGCAACUGUUUCAGCAGUUUUUGUAGGGUGAAGACUCCUGAUGUCUAGUUCAUGAAUAUUGUACAUUUUUUAAUAAAACCAAGCUGUGAAAUCAUGGCUAGAUUUCUUGAA